GCGGCCGCGGGCCCGUGGCCCUAGGGCCGGUCCGGGCACGGACUCUUCUGCCUUCACAAUGUUUGGGGACUUAUUUGAAGAGGAUUUUUCCUUUAUUUCCAACAAUCACUAUGGGAAAGGGAAGAAAUCAAAGCCCAGAGAGUCUGAGCCUCCAGCUCCCAGGGAUUUCACCAACCUCAGUGGAAUCAAAAAUCAGGGUGGGACCUGCUACCUCAAUUCCCUUCUGCAGACUCUGCUCUUCACCCCUGAAUUUAGAGAGGCUUUGUUCUCCCUGGGACCUGAAGAACUUGGCACUCUGGAUGACAGCAGGAAACCAGAUGCAAAGGUUCGGAUCAUCCCGCUGCAGCUGCAGCGCCUGUUUGCCCAGCUGCUGCUCCUGGACCAGCAGGCUGCAUCCACCUCUGACCUCACCGAGAGCUUCGGCUGGAGCAGCCACGAGGAGAUGAGGCAGCACGACGUGCAGGAAUUGAACAGGAUCCUCUUCAGUGCUUUGGAGACUUCCCUGGUGGGGACAUCAGGCCAUGACCUCAUCAACCGCCUGUACCACGGCAUUGUUGUCAACCAGAUUGUCUGUAAGGAGUGCAAGAAUGUCAGUGAGAGACAGGAGGAUUUCUUAGACCUCACAGUGGCAGUGAAAGGUGUGGCUGGCUUGGAGGAGGCCCUGUGGAACAUGUAUGUGGAGGAAGAAUACUUUGAGAAUGACAACUUGUAUCGAUGUGGAGCCUGUGAUAAACUGGUUGAAGCUUCAAAGUCUGCUAAACUGCGCAAGCUGCCUCCCUUCCUCACCAUCUCCCUCCUGAGGUUCAACUUUGACUUUGAGAAGUGUGAGAGGUACAAGGAAACAAGCUGCUACACAUUCCCCAUCCAGAUCAACCUGAAGCCUUUCUGUGAGCAGACUGAGAUGGAUGAUUCAGAGUACAUGUAUGAGCUCUUCUCUGUUAUUAUACACAAAGGUGGCUGCUAUGGAGGACACUAUCAUGUUUAUAUCAGAGAUGUGGAUGAAUUAGGAAACUGGCAACUCCAAGAAGAAGAGGAUGGGCUGAUUGAAGAGAAGGCUUUAAGAGACACUGAGAAUGCCAAAGAAACAGAAAAUCCACUGGCAGUCUUAAAAGGGAUUUUAUCAGAGGAAGAAGCGAAACAAAUUCCAGUGGAUCAAUUAGGGCAGAAAUUACUGGAGAAGAAAGGGGUGUCCUGGAACAAGAAAUACAGAAAACAAUAUGGAGCAUUACGAAAGUAUUUGCAGAAUCACCCUCAGAUAUUCCAGCUGAGUCCUGAUGGAAAUAAGGUCAGCCUGAAGGAGACACACAAGCUCCUGUUCAAGCUGGAUUCUCAUGGACAAAAUCUCCAGAGCUCCUCCCAGAAGAAUGAUGUGCAGUGGAACUGUGAGAAAAGCCCCCCGAGGCCAAGGGCUGCUUCUGCUGGGUGCCACUGGUUUGAUCUGAACGAUUCCAAAGUCCAGCCCAUCAAGGAGAAGGACAUUGAGCAGCAGUUCCAGGGUAAAGAGAGUGCCUACAUGCUGUUCUACAGAAAAGCUCAGCUGAAGAGGCCCCCUGAAGCACGUGGAAAUCCACGGUACCAAAUUCCUGAGCACCUGCUGAAUGAAAUGAAUGCUGCUAAUACAGAGCUGCAAAAGAAGAGAGCUGAAUGUGACUCAGCAAACAAUGGCAUUGAUUUGCAUCUCCACCUGAGCUCCUGCUAUAAAUUCCACAAUGGGGCUUUGCAUCCUUCACUUUCUUGGAAAGAGAGCGUGGUGGAUUUGACCAUUGACAGAAGGAAGACCCUGGGAGACCUCCGGCAGGCAGUGGCCCAGAUGUUGGAGUCUUGGGAAGGGGACAUGGUUCUCAGCAUGGCCAAGCCUUUACCAGCAGGAUUACACCUGUACCAGGUGCUUGAUGGAGAUGAGCUGACCCUGGAUGGCAUUGGGCUGGCUGAUGGAGCAGACAUCUUUGUCUGGAAUGGGAAAGAGGUUGGAGGCACGAAGGUGCUGACGGGCCCCGAGCACGAGCCCGUGGUGCUGAACGUGCUUCGCUUGGCCGAGCACAACGAGGGCGGCAAGGGGCAGCACUUCAGCGAGGCCCAGCACGUCUGCUCCUGCAGCACCAGCCUGGGGCAGCUGCACUCUGCCCUGGCUCCAGCCGGGGGCAUCAUCCUCAAAAACACCUCAGGAGCAGACCCAGAAGCCAAGAACUGGGAGGUUUUCCAUGAGGAGGACAUGAAGGAAACAGUCCGAAGUGUCGGGCUCAGGGACGGGUGCUCUGUGCUCAUCUUAGACAGCCAUGACCAGAGCUUUGUCAGCGUGGCAAGUGGGAAUUUGACUGCCUUCACCUAUGACAUCAGCUGGCUCCAAGUGAAAAACUUCUGUGGGGGGGAAGAGGAGCAGAAACACGUUAAAAUCACUGCCACUAUUGAAACAGUGAUGGCAGAUAUCAAAAUGAAAGCCAUCAGGGAGCUUCAGCUGGAGGAGGAGCUGGCAAACGAGAGCUGUCUUAGACCUGUUAGUGGCAAUGGGAAACUCCUGUCUCCAGUGCCUGAGGAUUACACAGUCAAGGAAGCAGAGCUGAAGAUGGGAAGCUUGCUGGGGCUGUGCCGUGGGAAAGCUCCAACUUCCACUCAGCUCUUCCUGUACUUCAUGGUUGGGAGUGACCAAAGCUGCAGCCCUGAGAUGGAGAUUGUUGUGGAGGAGACUGCCUCUGUCAGAGAGUGUCUCAGUUUAAUGCUGGAGAAAUCAGGAUUAUCAGGUGACAACUGGCAUUUGAGAAGGAUUGACUGGUGCUACGAGGCAGGGGAAGCACUAAGUGAGGAAGUAAGAGGAGCCUGUUUUAACCCCUGGUUCUGUGCUCCCUGGGGGGAAGGCAGCUGUGGGCUGACAGGGAUCCUGUGCUUUCUCUUCCUGCAGAAUGCCACCCUGAAGGAGCUCAACGUUUGCAGAGGAGACACUUUGGUUAUAACUGAAGGAAAGCUUCCAGAAAAGGGUUUCCUGAAAAUCCCCAUCUGGUGGCUGAAGCCUUCAAGCCAUAAGAAACAUGGAGAGAAUGCACAAGAGCAGGUGAAUGGGAUCACCUGGAAGAUGGAGGCUUUGCAGGUGUCUGCUGCAGCAGCUCCACCAGAAGCCACCCACCCAGGCCUGGAUCUGUGUUAUGCUGGCAGGAUAGAGAUAGCAGGAGAGGCCUCUCUGGAAGAUCUGAAGAUGCAGGCUCUGACCUUGCCCUGCUGCCAGGAGCAGGUUGUGCCCCUGCCCUCGUUCCUCAGAGCUUGGACAGUGGACAGCAAAGGCCCCGGGAAGCUCCUGCGGGACAACAAGAGGAGGCUCAGUGACUACAGGCUGGGUGCCAGAGUGGAAAUCUGCAUAGAACCCUUGCAAGAAGAAGAGAAUUUGGGCCCCCACGAGCUGCUGCUGCGAGUCCAGAUGGGAAUACCAGGAGAGAGGGACUACUCCAGCUCCCGGGAUUUGGUGUGGGAUAUCUCCAAGGAAUGCACAACCUGGGCUCUGAGGCAGAGAGUGGCUUCUCAUUAUUGUCUCCCUGCAGAUAAAAUUGAAAUAGCCAAAUACUUCCCUGAGAGAUUUGAGUGGCUGCCAAUAUCUAGCUGGACACAGCAAAUCUCCAAGAGGAAAAGGAGGAAAAAGCAGGCGAGUUUGCAGUCAGCACCUUACCACCUGAAGGAUGGAGACAUCAUUGGGGUGAAGAACCUUCUCCUUGAUGACACCAAGGACUUCAGCACUGUCAGGGAUGACAUUGGGAAGGAGAAACAAAGACAGCUGGCUCUGGAAAAGAGGAAAAGCCGCCAGGAGCGUGCCCAGGAUCCGCUGUUCCCUGAGGAGAAGCUCCCCACGAAGCCCCGCAAGCCGGAAGUGGCUCUUUCCAUCAACGUGGGCGUUUUCAGAUAGCACCAGGAGCUGCUCUGCCCACACCACCCUGUGCUAACCUGGCCUGCAGCUCCAGCAGCAAGAGGGGCUCUCCCAAAGGGUCUUCAAGGAUCCCUGAGGCACAAACUGGCUGUAGGAUUCAGGAUAACGCUGAUUUUCUUCUGCUCUCUCUUGGGGAAGUGCUUUAAGGGUCCCUUUCUCAGUGUGGUACUUACUCUCAGGCUGAGUAAAUGCACUUUAUAGAGGAGGAAAAGGAUUAAUAUAUUGUAUAACCCCUCAGUGACUCUUUUUUAACCACCCAAAAUGCUUUGUUGGGUCAGAUCUGACCCUUCUGCACCAUCACUACUGAGAUCUAAUGCAGUCAUAAUCAUCUCUUUUUAGAAUUGUUUCCCAUCUCUGAUCACUGAAGCUGCUGUUGAUACCAGAAUUUGCUUUUCUCUCUUUAUCUCUAAACCUAAGUCUGUAAGAGCUGGAGUCAGCCCUAAGAAUGAAGGCAGUGUGGAAAUCUCUGAGCAGAGUGCAGGAAAUUGGCUUAAAAAGAACAAGUCCAGGAUCUGUCAAGAUGUAAAACCCGGAGACAUCUUUUGAUGUGGAACAACAGGGACGUAAUCUUAGAUUUUGAAGUUUCUGGGGCCUGUUUUGUUGCCCAUAAACUUCAUUUUGCAAUUUCUAGGGUAUUUUUGUUGUCCCUGAACUUCAUUAACAGGCAAAGCGGUUGGAAAAAAUGGACAGAUCCAAUGUUUGAGCUUCAGUGGGUUUUACUCAGGAAAAAGGCUUGCAUUUAUUUUCAGUGCUCCUCUUCAGAGGAGUUUCCCUCAUUUCCCAUCUUUCCAGCUGUUCUGAUACUGUUACAUUGGAGAACCAGUUUCUCUUGGUGUCCUGAGCUGACUUUGAGCAGCUCACUGAGCUCCAGGUCAAAGGCUCUGAAGUAUUAACUCCAAAGUGAGCCUGAUUAUCCUGAGUUAAAUCUGUGGCAAUGACAGGACAAAACACAAGUUUGCUUUUGGGGGCUGCAGUAAAUAUUGGACCUAUUUGCUGUAUGUAAGAGGAGCUGCCAGUUGAGAAAAUUUCUCAAAUUUUGGGUCAUGUGAGAUUUAGAUUUUUCAUGUACCUUUUAUAGGUUAACACUACUCUGGUAUUUCAGACAGCAAAAAGAUAAAAACUGACACUCUGCUAGCAGCAAAACAAAAGAAGUGAAAAGCACCAUGAAACACACAAUUAUUAUUUAUUUCUGUGCAUAUCUUUAGAAUUCAGCAGGUGCUCCUGUGCUUUUUGGGGCUGAUGCUCUGCAGAAGGAGCUGUUUAAUGUCCUCACUGACUUGGAUCCUGAAAUCCGAGUUUCAUGAAUACAUUUUCUGCCUGUGGAAGGGGCAGUGGAGGUUUUCCCAUCUUCAUUUGUGUCGCCUUCUUUCCAUGUCAGGUGUUCUUGGGAGCCUGGCUUUACAGCAGGGAUCAGAGGUGCUGAUUCCAAAGGUUUGUGUUCCCACAUGGUUCCAGCCCGUUGGAUUUGUUCGCUGUCCCUUCAGUUCCUCUGGUUCCUGCUGGAGAGCUGGGCUGAGCUCAGCCUUCCCCUCUUGAAUAACUCUGGCCUCUCCCUGAGAACACCAAGUUUGGAGAAAUUGAAAUGCAAAUUCCAAGUGGGAAUUUUGUGCCUUUGUUCAAGUGUAAUGUAGCAGCACCUGCACUGAACCAAUCUUGGAUUAUUUCUAGUGUUGGCUCAAAAUGCUUUUUGGUUUUUUUUUUCCUUCCUUGAAACUCUUGUGGGCCAUUCCACAAUGAGAGAGUUCAUGGAAAACGGGGCUGGGGAGAGGAAACACCUUUUGAAAACGGAGUCUUGGUGACUCUGUCGGUUCUGAUGGUUAUUCAGCCUGGAAGAGCUUUCAUCUUUAUUUUUCAAGUGUUCUUCACAAAAUAAAAUGUCAUUUUUAUCUGCCUA